UAUACCUUCAAUGAAGUUCCUACCAUUUCACAACCACUCACAAUGGCCUCGCUGUGUAACGGUACGCCGGUAUGGGACACAGACCUGACCUGGUACAACACAUGGCCGCAGUUCACAGACUGCUUCCAGUCCACGGUGCUGGUGUGGGUGCCGUGUGGGUGGCUGUGGCUGACGUCGCCGUUCUACGUCUACUACCUCAUGAACGUCACACCGACAAUACUGUCAUCACACUGGAAAUAUUACUUGAAACAGGAAUACGAUGUGGACAUGUUCAAGUUCUGUAUGUUCUAUGGUUACUUUGCUCUGGUCAUCGUGGAGCUGACACUAAGUUGUUUUGCUGAGGCGUCACAGCGGGAUAAGACGGAUUCACCUGAAUUGUCGGCUUCGUUCUUGUCGAGAAUAACGUUCUGGUGGGUCAACAGUCUCAUACUGAGAGGAUACAGAAAAGCCUUAACUGAGAAUGACGUGGACGAUCUUCACCCGAGGGACAAGUCUGCCAACAACGUACCACGGUUCUUAUAUUUUUGGGAUAAGGAAGUAUCUAAGAACAGCAUCAGUCCCAGAAAAGCGUAUGUAGAGGACAAAGUUGUUUAUUCAAAGAACACGGGUAAUGGAAUUCGUGUUGAAGAUUGCGAUGAAAAUACACCACUGAUCUCCAGGUCGUCCAGCGUCAAGGAAAUCAAAGAUCCACCAGCUGACAAAAAGUUGGGAGCGAAGAUUUCUUUGUUGAAAGUAUUGUGGAAAACCUUAGGAUUCCAAAUCCUGCAGUCUCAGUUUUGGAAGCUGAUCUACGAUAUGCUGUAUAUCGCAAACCCGUUGCUUUUAGGAGAGUUGGUGAACUUCACAGAGGACAAGACGUCGCCCGCAUGGAAGGGUUACACACUUGGGAUGACUCUCUUCUGUUCCAUGCUCAUUCAGUCGCUCACCUUCCAAGCUACGUGGCACCAAUGUGUCUCCAUGUCUCUCCGAUUUAGAUCUAUAGUUAUCUCGGCCAUAUAUAGAAAGGCUCUCACAAUGAAUAUCGAAUCUCGGCGUGAGUCUACUGUUGGCGAGAUAGUAAACUUGAUGUCGGUGGACGCUGAGCACAUCAAGGACAUGGUCCAGUGGUUCUGGGCAAGUUGGUCAAGCCUUCUUCAGAUGGUCGUAUCCCUGGCCCUGCUGUAUAACACACUCGGGUUGUCCAUGUUGGCGGGCCUAGGGUUGAUGGUCAUCAUAAUGCCUUUCAACUACUUCAACAUGUCUUUGUGGGAUAAGCUUCAGACCACUGUGAUGGAGUUCAAGGACAAAAGGAUGAAGAUUAUCAAUGAAGUCUUUAAUGGCAUUAAGAUUCUCAAACUGUACGCCUGGGAACCCUCCUUCCAGGAGAAAAUCACAGAUGUUCGAGAGAAAGAACUUAAGGGUCUUUGGAAGAUCUCAAUACUUCAUGCGCUGAUGAUGUUUGUUUUCAUUGUGGCUCCAUAUCUAGUGACCUUGGUGACCUUCCUGACGUAUAUCUACACAGCUGAAAGUCACUACCUCAGCCCAAAGACAGCCUUUGUGGCAGUAGCCCUCCUAAACAAUCUUAGAUUUGCGAUGCUUGUCCUACCAGAAAUAACAGCUGACUUUGUGAGGGCAAAUGUUUCUGUGAAGAGGAUUGAAAAGUAUCUAAACAGCGGUGAUUUAGAUGUCAACAGUGUCCAGAGAGCGACCAGCCAUGAUACCGCAGUGUCUGUCACUGAUGCUACUUUCGAAUGGAACCAAGAGAUGGGACCAGCUUUGACAGAUAUCAAUCUGAAUGUUAAGACUGGGCAGCUGGUGGCCGUUGUGGGUCAGGUUGGUGCGGGGAAAUCGUCUCUCAUCUCAGCAAUGUUUGGUGAGAUGCACAAACACAAAGGACGAGUGUGUCUUGAGGGAACAACUGCCUAUGUACCUCAACAAGCCUGGAUCCAGAACGACACCCUGCAGAACAACAUCCUGUUCGGGAAGCCAAUGAACAGACAGCGGUAUAACGAGGUGGUUGAGUGCUGUGCCCUGACUCCAGACCUGGAGAUGUUGCCGGGCGGGGACCUGACGGAAAUAGGAGAGAGGGGUAUCAACUUGAGUGGAGGACAGAAGCAGAGAGUGUCUCUGGCCAGAGCUGUCUACAACGAUGCUGACAUAUAUCUGCUGGAUGAUCCGCUCAGUGCUGUCGAUAGUCAUGUGGGAAAACAUAUAUUUGAUAAGCUCAUUUGUAGCAAGGGACUGCUUGGUAACAAGACCCGCGUCUUGGUCACUCAUGGCAUUCACUGGCUCCCAGAGGUGGACUCCAUCCUUGUGAUGACCAGUGGUCAGAUAUCAGAGACAGGGACGUAUGAGGAGCUGCUCCAACAUAACGGACCCUUUGCCCAGUUCCUGCAAAAUUACCUCCUUGACAGCAAGGAUGACAAUGAUGAUGAUCCAGAAGAGUUGGAGAUGAAGCGCAAGGUGCUUCAAAGACUCGAGUCUGUAACAUCAGAAGAGGAUACUGAAGGUGGAGCAAGAAGAGCUCGGAUCAAAUCACUCACAGAAUCACUGGAGAAGAGCCAUGAAAUGAAGAAAGGAAAAAUGGCUAUAAAGGAGGAUGUUACACAAGAAAGCAAGUUGGUGGAGGAGGAGAAGGUUGAGGAAGGGAAGGUACCAUGGCGUGUGUAUGGUCUCUAUGCCCGAGCAGUUGGAGUUGGCUUCGUGAUAUUUGGUUUCCUUCUAUACGUCCUCUACCAAGCUGCGUCAGUAACGUCUAGCAUAUGGUUGAGUCAGUGGACGGACAGCCCUGACCUCAGCAACCUGACGCUCUAUCCUGCAAACAGCUCCCAGAGGCUUGACAAGAACAACUAUUACCUUGGAAUUUACGGAGCGUUCGGUGUGUUGCAAGCUGCGGCCAUGCUGACCUUCACCUUCAUGUGGGGUUUCCGGUGUGUUCACGCGGCACGUGUUCUCCACAGCGGAAUGCUGGCAAAUGUACUGAAAGCGCCCAUGUCCUUCUUUGACACAACACCAACGGGUCGGAUCGCCAACAGGUUCUCUCAGGACAUUGAAGCUAUUGACACACGCAUAUCCCACGUGAUAGAAGUUGUAUUUAACACGUUGCUGAUGGUACUCAGCUGUGUGAUUGUCAUCAGCUACAGCACACCGAUAUUCCUGGCCGUCGUUGUCCCGCUCUUCAUCCUCUACUACUUCAUCCUGGUGUUCUACAUCGGCACAUCACGGCAGCUUAAACGGAUUGAGUCUAAGACCCGUUCCCCUAUAUACAGCCAUUUUGGGGAGACACUAUCGGGGGCAAGCGUCAUCCGGGCAUUUAAAGCACAGUCCAGAUUUAUCAAGGCAUCAGAGGACAGAGUAGACAAGAACCAGCGCUUUAGCUACUAUUCUUUUUCGGCUCAGCGAUGGCUUGCGUUUCGUCUAGAGCUGAUGGGCAAUGUCAUAGUGCUCGCCGCCUCCAUGUUUGCUGUGGCGUCACGUGACUCUCUCUCAGGAGGCAUUGUGGGUCUGUCGGUGUCAUAUGCUUUGCAGAUAACUGGCAACCUCAACUGGCUGGUGCGAAUGGUAUCUGACGUGGAGACCCAAGUGGUGUCGGUAGAGAGGGUGGACCAGUACAGUCACAUAGAGUCCGAGGCCGAGUGGAGCCUACCCGACCGACGGCAAGAUGCCGGAUGGCCGCAGCAGGGUGUUGUGAGGUUCCUGGACUAUUCCACCCGGUACAGACAGGGACUGGACCUGGUUCUUAAGGGGAUAACCUGUACUGUCAACUCCGGGGAGAAGGUCGGUAUCGUGGGCAGGACGGGAGCUGGGAAAUCUUCUCUGACUCUGUCCCUGUUCCGGCUGAUAGAAGCUGCAGGCGGGGAGAUCAACAUAGAUGGCGUUGACGUCAGUACACUCGGACUGCAUGACCUCAGGAGCAAACUCACCAUUCUACCUCAGGACCCUGUAUUGUUCGCGGGAAGUCUGAGAGGCAAUGUUGAUCCUUUCAACCAGUACACGGACAGAGAUAUCUGGCGGGCACUGGAACACGCGCAUCUCAAGAAGUUUGUGGAGACGCUUCCUGAAGGCUUAGAACAUGAGUGCAGCGAAGGAGGAGACAAUAUGAGUGUUGGUCAGCGACAACUCCUCUGUCUCGCCAGGGCGCUUUUAAAGAAGACCAAGGUUCUUGUUCUGGACGAGGCUACUGCCGCCGUUGACAUGGAAACAGAUGACCUGAUCCAGCAGACAAUCAGGUCAGAGUUCAAGGACUGCACGGUGCUGACCAUCGCCCACAGACUCAACACCAUCAUGGACUACGACAGGAUCCUGGUCCUUGACAAUGGCUGUGUGUGUGAGUUUGACACACCCUCCUCCCUGCUGCAACAGCCCAACAGCAUCUUCUUCAACAUGGCCAAAGCUGCAGGAUUAGCCUCUUAGUACGAAAACGGCCUUAUAGGCUUGAUGUUGUGUGAUAAUAAAACACUGCCAAAUAAAAGGAACAAAACAAGGUUCCAUACACAUGAAUAACACUAAGGAAAACAUGGACUGGUCAUUCAGUUAGAAUGCUUAAGCUUUUGUCAUCAGAUUCAGCAGCGGAGGCAUGACACAUUCUUGAAAAUUUUGUCCCAGCCAAUUGCAUUAUUGAAUCGUCGUGUGAUUCGUUGCUUGAAAGAAAUAACAGCAAUAAAAGACACCUCCUGUUUUCUUGAA